GUUCCACAUUAUUCAGUAUGUUUAUUAUGUGCACUAUUUUGACCAAUUGUGUGUUCAUGGCUCAACGGGAGAUCCCCCAGUGGGCUAAAUACGUCGAGUACACUUUCACAGGCAUUUACACUUUUGAAUCACUGGUAAAAAUAUUGGCAAGAGGAUUUUGUAUGACAGAGUUCACCUUUCUUCGAGACCCGUGGAACUGGCUGGACUUUUGUGUUAUUGUCAUGGCAUACAUAACUGAAUUUGUGGACCUGGGCAAUGUAUCAGCCUUACGAACGUUCAGAGUUCUCCGGGCGCUGAAAACAAUCUCAGUCAUUUCAGGUCUGAAGACCAUCGUUGGUGCCCUCAUCCAGUCUGUUAGGAAACUCGCGGACGUGAUGAUCUUGACGGUUUUCUGCCUGAGUGUGUUUGCCCUCAUCGGCCUUCAGCUCUUCAUGGGAAACUUGAGAAACAAGUGCAUCAGAGACUACAUCGAGUUCAACACUACCAACGGCACCUUCGCUUCAGAACACAAGACCUGGCAAACCUUGGAUGACUUUCUCAACGAUAAAGAUAACUACUACAUAAAAGAGGGCGGUACAGACGUGUUAUUGUGUGGCAACAGCUCAGAUGCUGGGACGUGUCCGAAAGGGUACAUCUGCCACAAGGCCGGUGAGAAUCCUGACUACGGCUUCACAAGCUUUGAUACUUUCGGCUGGGCCUUUCUCUCCUUGUUCCGCCUCAUGACGCAGGAUUGCUGGGAACGCCUCUAUCAACAGACCCUUAGAUCUGCUGGCAAGAUCUACAUGCUUUUUUUUAUGCUGGUUAUCUUCCUGGGAUCAUUUUAUCUCGUCAACUUGAUCUUGGCCGUGGUGGCCAUGGCAUAUGAAGAGCAGAACCAAGCCACCAUCGCCGAGACGGAAGCCAAAGAAAGGAAGUUCCGGGAAGCCAUGGAGGCACUGAAGAAAGAGCAGGAGGUCGGUAGAGCUCGGGGAAUUGAUUCAAUGUCGCUUAGCUCCUUCGAAAUGUCACCGUUGGCAUCGAAAAAUUCCAAAGAACGGAGAAGCCGGAGAAGAAAGAAGAAAUCCUCGGGGGGAGAAGAUUACAGCGAGGACCCAAAAGGUCUGAAAUCUGAAUCGGAAGACGGCCAGCGGAGGAUGACUGUCCUGGGUUUCACCUCUGGUUCGCUGGAAAAUUCGGUGAAGCGGAAGGCCAGCCACGGGAGUGUCUUCAGCUUCCGGUUGCGCAGCAGGGACAUGGGCUCAGAGGCGGACUUUGCCGACGACGACAUCAGCACCGCUGGGGAGAGCGAAAGCCAGCGUGGAUCCUUGCUUGUCCCAAGGAACGGGAGGCGUUUGAGUGUGCAGAGUCAAAUGAGCCACAGCUCGCCCAACUGCACGCUCAACGGCAAGAGGAACUCCUCGGUGGACUGCAACGGCGUGGUGUCCCUCAUCGGAGGAGGAGGAAGCCCAGACCCAACGUCUCCAACGGACAACCUGUUGUCCCCGGUUAUUAUGGAGAAAUCUGGAACUGGAGAUUCGACUACUCCGUCGGAAGAAGUGAGCAAGAAGAACCUUUUGUCUCCCCAGCGCCUUUCAGUGGAUCAAUCAGAGGAGCAUUUUCAAAGGCAGCGAGCUGUGAGCGCCGUCAGUAUCAUUACCAGUGCCAUGGAAGAGCUUGAAGAAUCUCAACAGAAGUGCCCCCCCUGCUGGAACCGCUUUGCUGUGAAGUUUCUCAUCUGGGACUGUUGCCCGCUGUGGCUGCUGAUCAAGCAGAAAGUCAAGUUCGUCAUCAUGGAUCCCUUCAGCGACCUCACGAUCACCCUUUGCAUCGUGCUGAACACCCUCUUCAUGGCCAUGGACCAUUACAAGAUGACGAAAGACUUCGAGGAAGUCCUCAACAUCGGUAACCUGGUCUUCACUGGGAUUUUUACUGCCGAAAUGAUCUUCAAAGUCAUAGCCCUGGAUCCCUAUUACUAUUUUCAGCAAGGCUGGAAUAUCUUUGACAGUAUAAUUGUCACACUCAGCUUGAUGGAACUAAGUCUCUCCAGCAUGGGCAACGUCUCCGUGUUGCGCUCCUUCAGACUGCUGAGAGUCUUCAAGCUGGCCAAGUCCUGGCCAACGUUAAACACCCUCAUUAAAAUCAUUGGCAACUCCGUCGGCGCUCUGGGGAACCUCACGCUCGUCUUGGCCAUCAUCGUCUUCAUCUUUGCCGUGGUGGGGAUGCAGCUCUUUGGAGAUCUGUAUUUUUUGAACCGCCACAAAAUCAGCACCACGGAAAAGAUGCCCCGCUGGCACAUGAACGACUUCUUCCAUUCCUUCCUCAUCAUCUUCCGCAUUCUGUGCGGGGAAUGGAUCGAGACCAUGUGGGACUGCAUGAAAGUAGCUCAGCAACCCCUGUGCUUCCUGGUCUUCUUGCUGGUCAUGGUGAUCGGGAACCUGGUGGUGCUGAACCUGUUUCUUGCCUUGCUGUUGAGCUCGUUCAGUGCCGAUAACCUCUCCGCACCGGACGAGGACGGGGAGAUGAACAACCUGCAGCUGGCCUUUGCCCGCAUCAACCGAGGGCUCCAGUACGCCAAACGGGCCAUGUGGGAUUUCUGCUGCAGCGUCCUCAGGCAACCGAAGGCGACGGCGGAAAAGAAAGCCAUGAUGAAGCUUGUUGCUCAGAACCCGGGUGUCAUCCACAACUGCGUCAGCAACCACACUGCCACGGAGUCGGGCAAAGAGGAGGAGACCCACAAGGAUUACCCCACCAUGGACGGGUUCGAGAGAAAGGAGGAGAACCAGCAAGGGGCUAAAGACCACAACGAUGACUUUAUGACCAACCCGGACCUAUCCAUCUGUGUUCCCAUCGCCGUCGGGGAAUCCGACAUCGAAGAUGACGAGCAGAGCACAUUCACAGAAACGGACCAGGACAAGCCACCUGCGACGACAGGGCAGCUCUACAAAAGCCCAGCUGUCCGGAGCCAGGCCUCUGAGAUCUGCGAAGAGUUAAGCGAGCUCAACACGGACAAACCAUCGAAGGAGGACCCUCUGGGCUCACCCACUGGUCAAAAGGAGAAGUUUGAAGAGACCAGCCUUUCAGAAGGAAGCACGGUGGAUUUAGCAAUCCCGUCAGACCUCCUGGAACAGAUGCCGGAACUGGCAGAAGAGAUGAUGGAGCCUGAGGACUGCUUCCCCGAACCAUGCGUCCGACUCUUCCCCUGCUGUUCUGUGGACACCACGAAAUUUCCCGGGAGAGUUUGGUGGAGGCUCCGGAAAACCUGCUACCAAAUUGUUGAACACAGCUGGUUCGAAACGUUCAUUAUAUUUAUGAUCCUCCUGAGCAGCGGAGCACUGGCAUUUGAAGACAUCUACCUUGAAGAGCGAAGGAACAUUAAAACCAUGUUGGAAUACGCCGACCGUAUCUUCACUUACAUUUUUGUUCUGGAGAUGCUUCUCAAAUGGGUAGCUUACGGCUUUAAGAAGUACUUCACCAAUGCCUGGUGCUGGCUCGAUUUCCUCAUUGUCGACGUGUCAUUAGUAAGCCUCAUAGCUAGUACACUUGGAUACUCGGAAAUGGGUCCCAUUAAAUCCCUUAGGACCCUCAGAGCUCUGAGACCCUUAAGAGCACUGUCACGAUUUGAAGGGAUGAGGGUGGUGGUCAAUGCCUUGGUAGGUGCCAUCCCUUCUAUCAUGAACGUUCUGCUUGUCUGCCUCAUUUUUUGGCUCAUCUUCAGCAUCAUGGGAGUCAACCUGUUUGCCGGCAAGUUUGGAAAAUGCAUUAACAAGACGGAGAAUGACCUGCCGUUGGAUCACACCCUUGUCAACAACAUGAGCGAGUGUCAGAGCCUGAAUGAGACAGGAGAGUUGUACUGGACAAAAGUGAAGGUCAACUUUGAUAACGUUGGAGCAGGAUACCUGGCUCUUCUGCAGGUGGCAACAUUCAAAGGUUGGAUGGAAAUUAUGUACGCUGCGGUGGAUUCGCGAGAGCGCGAGGAGCAGCCUAAGUGGGAAUAUAACGUGUACAUGUACCUCUACUUUGUGAUCUUCAUCAUCUUUGGUUCCUUCUUCACCCUGAACCUCUUCAUCGGUGUCAUCAUUGACAAUUUCAAUCAGCAAAAGAAAAAGAUAA